AUGCAAUUUCACCUGUUAUUCCUCUCCCUCCUCGCCGCCAUCGCAAUGGCAGAAGAUAACCUCACCGAGCUCGUCGACGACUUUCCAGACUGCGCCCUACCCUGCUUCGCCAGCAGCGUCAGCGCCAACAACUGCAAGACAACCGACUUCAACUGCAUAUGUGGGAAGCAGGUCGAUAUCAACAUAAAAAUGGGCGGUUGUCUAUCUGAUAACUGCCAGAACGCAUCUAGCUUAAAUGUCGGCGGAAAACUAGACGACCUCUGCGAUAGAUGGGACGAUCACCCAAACUCGACCGAAGUAGCAGCUGCCACGAGCGCGCUGGCGUCGCACGUCACGGUUGCCGUCACGGCCGCUUCGUCUACCAGCGCACCUGAGGGCGCGGCAGGGUGCCUCGAACCUGGUAUCGUCAUGGUGGGGGCCGUAGCAGCAGCUAUGCUGGUGAUUUAG